CAUUUUUAUUUGUGGGUGAAACAUCCAUUUCAUGCUUGUCGCUUUGUGGCUUCAUUCUAAAAGUUCAUUUGUUUUUUUUUUUUUAAGACCUGAUGGUGCUGAAAGAAGAGACUCAUCAAUGGAAUGAAAUGGAAGACAAACAUCAAGACAUAUUGACUGAUGAAAAACCCACACUGACUAAAAAGACUUCAUCACACGGAAGACCUCGGAAAUCAAAAUCUAUGUGUAAUUUCAGCAGUAACCAGUGUAGAAAGAGUUUCAGUCAAAAGCCAAAGCUUGAUGUUCACAAUAGGGAGAAACUUUACACCUGCAAACAGUGUGGAAAGAGUUUUCCUAAAAUUCAUGGCUUUAAAGCCCACAUGAGAAUUCACAUUGGAGUGAGGCCGUACAAAUGCCAACAGUGUGGAAAGAGUUUUACGCAAAAUAGCAACCUUGAAGUUCACAUGAGAACUCACAAUGAAGGAAGAAUUUUUACUUGCACACAGUGUGGGAAAGGUUUUGCUAAAAAACACAACCUUAACAUCCACAUGAGGAUUCACGCUGGAGAGAAACCUUACACAUGCACAGAAUGUGGUCAAAGUUUCCCAUAUAAAACCACAUUCAAUAGCCACAGGAGAAUUCACACUGGAGAGAAACCUUACAGAUGCACAGAGUGUGGUAAAAGUUUCACACAUAAAAGCACAUUCAAUAACCACAGGAGAAUUCACACUGGAGAGAAACCUUACACAUGCACAGAAUGUGGUAAAAGCUUCACGCAUAAAAACACACUCGAUAACCAUAAGAGAACUCACACUGGUGAGAAACCUUACAGAUGCACUGAUUGUGGUAAACGUUUCCCAUAUAAAAGCACAUUCAAUAACCACAUGAGAACUCACACUGGAGAGAAGCCGUUUGCAUGUGCUCAGUGUGGAAAGAGCUUCAGAGCCAAAGCUAGCCUCAUGAAUCACAUGAAUGGUCACACUGGAACCAUAGUGUUCACAUGUGAUCAGUGUGGAAAGAGUCUCACACACAAAGACUCCAUUAAGAACCACAUGAAGACUCAUUCGGUAGAGCGUUUAAGAUGCAGUGAGUGUGGAAAGGGCUUUAAUUGUAAAAGAAGCCUCAGUACUCACAUGAAGCUUCACAAUGGAGAGCAGAGUCCUCAACAUUGAGGCCUUGCCCACACAAACACGGGUAUAUUCUAAACGGCAGCUUGUUCAUGUAGUUUGGCUGUUCAUUGACAUGGUUUAUUUAUAAACUACUUUUGAGAGGAUCAUGUGCUAUGAUUAUCCACAGCUCGUCCUGCAUUAGCUAACACACCAACCAGAUGAUUUCUAAACCACUAUAAAUAACCAAAGUUUCUUAUCUUAGUUAUUUUCCACCUAUCCACACAAGUGGAUAAGUUUAUCUAUCCACACAAGUCCCACAAUGAUAGUAACCAUUUCAACAGAAUAUAUUGACAGUUCCGAUGUUGUACUUUUUUCAGAAAAUACUUCCAAAUCAGGAACACAGGCUCCUAUUCUUGUAACCCCUUAUCUGGGUCUUUAGAUCCAUCUGUAUAUAUUUGUGUACUCCAAUAAAAUUUUCCAGCUACAAGCUUAUACACAUUUGGCUUAUAGUACCUGAUUCCUCCCAUUUAUUUCUUUUGUCCAAGAUCUCAAGAUUGAUUUCAACUUCAGGUAUUAUCCAUAAGGGGACUUCACUCCAUACUGGGCUUUUAUUACCCACUAUAUUAAAUACUUGGUGUUUUAUUUUAUUUAUUUAUUUUUUGCUAUAUUAUCCCAUCCAAAUCCUCUUCCUCUAUUAUUAGUAUACUCCCAACAAUCUAUUAAAGAUUAUUUUACAAUGUUCUCUCCAGCAUAGCGUUUAAUAGAUGACCAAUACGCCAGCGCCAAUUUCUCCCUACGCAGAUAUAAUGGUAAUUCAUUUGUUUCCACAAUCAAAGCAUUAAUCUGUGUUGAUUUUACAGCUCCUAUACACAUUCGAAGUGCUCUAUAUUGAAUCCUAUCUAGUCUUUUUAAAAUGGUCUUUGAUGCUGCCGCAUAUAUCACACACCCAAAAUUAAGUACCAAUCUUAUUAAAGCCUGAUACACUGUGAGCAUUAAUGAUCUCUCUGCUCCCCAUUCUUUGCCUGCUAAUGCCCUCAUUGCAUUUAAAGUUUUCCUACACUUCUUUUCCACUUUCUCAAUAUGAUUUUUCCAUGUGUACCUGCUAGAUAUUUAAAUUCUUUAACCUCUCUCCGCCCCGGACAGAGCACCAUGAGCGGGAUAUUUGCCUGAACGCUGAUCAGCGAAAGCUGAUUGGCUGCCUGUAUGUGGCUUAGAGAAAGCUGAUUGACUGCCUGUAGGCGCUCGACGAUAGCUGAUUGGCUGCCUGUUCCUUAAACAGUCUCUUGACAACAGAGGGAAACAUUUCUGGACAGAAGAUUCAGUUGUCUUCUUCAGUCUCUUCAGAGGAAUAUAACAUUGUUUCUGUGCGAUCCCUGAUUGUAUAAUACCUUCAUUCAAGCCUGGCCCAGAAGUUUUUUUUUUACAUUAUUUUAUAUUCGACUGCACAAAUCUUCCCAGUACAUGUCAAACAAAGACAUUCCCUCAAUUACUAAUAGAUCUCGGAUUUCUUUACCUGUUUGCGUGAAUUUUUGGAAUAUAUUUAAAUGACAGAAUUGUAGAAGUUUUAAAUACAUUCCUCUUAUAAUAAAGUUGGUGAAGUCUCUACUAAUAACGGUUCUCCACUAAAUCAUAAACUUGCUCAGCCUAAUAAUAAUAUUUCCCCAACUGCUCUUUUCUGUAUUCAGUCUGAAUCCACUGCCAUGAAGUAUACUUAUGAAGUGUUUUGCAUUGACUUUUCCAGUUCUCCUAAAAAUGCUUAUAUCCAAACUUUUGUAUCCUUUAAAAUUUUAUUUUUAGUUACUAUUUGAAACUAGCCUUCUUACUAUACAUGCAUUUAUAGCGUCUUUCUACAUUUGGCAUCCAGAGAUUUUGAUAUGUAUGUGAACUAUUAAUUACUCAAAAACAUCAGAAUGUUAUUUCACAUUAUGUCCAUAUAGGACUGCUUCAAUCUUGUGAGACAUCAAAGGCACUUUAUAGUGAUAAUGACCCAGUUAGUGAAACUAAAA